AUGAGGGCCGCCUCUCCCCCAAUAGAGUCUCGCACAGUCUACGGCACAGUAGAACUCGUGGCACGCAAGUCGGGCAAGGUCCUCUCGACUUUCCCAAUCGACGCAGAACGAGUCACCUUUGGCCGCGACUAUGACUGCGACAUCCGCAUCUACCAACCCGACGUCUCCAAACUCCAUGCCGAGGUCUUGAUUGACGUAGCAUCAGGAGCAGCAUCACUUGUCGUACACGGCCACAACGGCGUGGUCUACUGCGCCGCUGGUGGCAAACCAACCUUGCACAACCCUCCCGAGGUCCUCUUACUUGGCGACGGCGACACGUUUACCAUUCGCAAAAAGCAAUGUCGCUUCACCUAUGGCGAACCAGCCACCCCGCUGGCAUACAUGUCCCCUGCUCCCAAGCGCACCAGUGAAUCAGCUACCCCGCGACGCCGCACGUCCAUGCGCCUCAGCAUUGUUCCUCAAGGAAAGCGGUUCAUGCCUUCCCCUGCCAAACCUCGUGGCCUGGGACUAAUGCAUGGAGCAACCCCCGCAAAGUCGACACUUUCAGAGGAGAUUGAGCCGCCUCAGGAAUUUGAGGAGCUCGUGGACGUUGCCGAGGGUGACGAGGGUGACCGACUCUACCUCGAAAAGAAGGACGACGAGGAGGAAGAAGAGGAAGACGAGGGAGCACCUUGCUUCAACCCGUUCAUGACUCCUCAGCCCAAGCGCAAGGCUGAGCUGGGUCACACAACUGCCGUCCCACACACUCUUGUGAUCCCCCCGCCAGAGGACGACAAGGAAGAAGAAGAAGAGGAGGACGUCCCUCCACCAUCAACCGUCCCUUGGUCUCCUCGCUCCCGCCCCGUCCCUCUCCCUCUUGCAUCAGACGCGCAGUUUGAAGAGGCUCCGGCUCCCACCACUCCCGGUCGCAACCUCGUCCCUGCGCCCCCGGUCUCUGCUCGCUUGGCCUACUCAACUCCGCGUGGCUCCGACUCGCUCCGCAAGUCGCUUCUCCUCCGCUCCGCUCGCAAGGUCUGGGAAGAAACACACUCGCAAGGGAUUGACGGCGCCGAAGCGAACGGGUUCAUUGAGACUGGCCGCCGUCGCAAGUCACUCAACAGCCCCAAGCCCGCCUCCCCGCGCAAGAGUCUCACCCCCGUCCUGGUCCCGCCACAUGUCGCGUCUGACUCCGAGUCGUCUGAAGAGGAGGAAGAUGCCUCUGACAAGGAGAAUGGGCUUCAGUGGGUAUACGAGGACGGCCAGCAUGCCGACGUCUCGCAAUUUGACGACUCGGAUUCGGACCGUGAGAGCCUGGACGCGGAUUUCAUGAUCCCCGGCCAAUCAAUCAUCGACUUUCACAACCACGUCGAGGAACCCAGCGACAGCGAGGAAGAGGAAGAGGACGAGAUUGAGUACGAAGAAGAUGACGAGGAGUUUGAGCCCUUUGAAACGCGUGGCUGGUCCCCCAACUCGGAGGAGCUGGCCUACAGCCAGGAGGAGAGUGGUGAGGACGAGGAGGAGCACGAUGCUGCUGGCGUGGACGCCAACUCGUCGCAAGAAUCGCUCGAGCUCGAAGACAACGAUGGUUUCGACGUCGACGGCGACUUUGAAGUCGAGGUGAACACCAUGCAGGUCGACCCCGCCGCCAUCCCACUUCCCGACAGCCCGGCGCCUCCCCUCGCCGGCCGCUUCUACACUCCUCAGCCUCAGAGGACCGCCCUCGGCGGUGCACGCAUGUCGCUUGCGGGCAUUGGCAGCAACGCCAUGCAGUUUGCGCCACUCAUCUCACCACCACGAGAGGCUCAAGUGCCUACUACCCCCGGCCGUCUCGGCAAGCCUGUUCGCAGCUCGUUUACACCUUCCAAGGAUGCCCCCGUUACGCCGCCUCCCAACGUCCCGGCCACACCUGCCAAGACUCCGGGCACUGGCAUGACCCAGCGCCAGCGCGACAAGCUCGCCACCCCUCGCGCGCUGCCUGAGCCUCCCAAGAGUUUCCGCUCCCCGGUCAAGGACCAGCACCCGUUAACAAACUUGAUGGCGACCCCGACUCACCGUGCAUUGGCCUCGCCACCUUCUGUGCCCGUUGAUGUUGACGAGGAGGAAGAGGAUAACGUUCUGGUGCCCCGUACUCCUAUGGACGACAUCAAGCGUCGUCUCGGUGCUCUCCGACUCAAGAGUGCCAGUGCCAAGCGCCAGUCCUUGGGUGCGUCCGGCAACACUGCACAGCCUGCCCGUCGUGCCACGGUCGGCUUUGUCCUGCCCGAAACACCCUCGCGCAACGCCAACAUUCAGGUUGCUCCCCACACGGCUCGUCGCGCUCCUGCCGCCCCUCGUGUCGACGUCAUCGAUGAAGCAGAUGGCGAGAGCCUCCCUCCUACCCCGACAGCGGGUGUCAUUGACGCUCCCAUGCUCGCGCUGGCAACGGGUGACGAAGACGCCAACGAGGCGGAGGAGGCCGAGGUCAUUGCCGAGGUCACGCCCAAGCGCUCCAAGCGGGUGUCCAUGUCGUACGCCGGUGUCCGUGACAUGCUCAACACUCCCGUCGUCCCCAAGACCCCCGCCCUUGACGGUGUCCGCCAGAUGCUGCAAUCUCCCAAACAGCAGGCCACGCCCAUGCUGGCUGGCGUCAAGGAGCUGUUGAGGGAGCCGCCCGUGGAGCCCAAGACGCCGUCGCUUGCCGGUGUCAAGGACAUGUUCCGUACCAGCACGGUGGCGCCUACACCCAGGUUUGACGGUGUCAAAGAGAUGUUUGCCGGACGCCAUGUGCCGCAGACUCCGGGUAUGGAAGGUGUCAAGGAGAUGCUUGAGGAGGACGAGAACGAGGAGGACGAGGUCAACAACCUUCCAGAGCCGGUCAACGACGCUCCCGAGCCCAUCGAGGACAAGCCCCAGGACCCAGAGCCCAUCUCUCUCCCUUCAUCUGGCGAGUCCUCGCCGAACCCCUUGGCCAAGCGUCCUUCUCGACUUCCCACCUCCACCCGCCGAACAGUCUCCAACCCGGUCAAGCCGCCAACCACUGCUCCCAAGCGAAGCACUCGCGCACAAAGCAAGGAGGCGCCCACCACCACCACCCUGUCCGAGCCGGCUCGCCGUACCCGUACCGCCGCACACCCCGUCGACCCACCGGCAUCAGAGCCCGCCCGCGUCACCAGGACUCGUGGCAAGUCGGCCGCCCCCAGUGAGCCCGAGAAGGAGGAACAGGUCCCAUCCCUGCCGACCGGCAGGACCGCCCGCACUGCUCGCUCUGUGUCAGCCCCGACCCGCCGAACCCGGCAGGCCACCGAGCCGGCCACAGACGCAUCAUCAACGUCCAAGCGCAAGGGCCGCACGGCCUUGGCCGAGGCGACCGACCAGGACAAGCCUGAGCCAGUGCCCGCGCCGGCCAAGACCGCACGCCGCAAGGCAUCCAAGGCAGACCUCGCGUCGGCCGCUGUGGCCGAGCCAAAGGCAAAGGCCACCGCCGCGCCGGUGACCAAGGGCAAGAAGGCCGAAGUCAUCCCAACCGAGACCAAGUCGGCCCCCACGAGACGUACCACGCGAGGCAAAGAGAACAAUGCCACCGGGUCAGCAGGCGAGAUCCCCAAGCCUGUAGGCGUGGCAGCUAGGACUAGGAGCCAUGCGUGA